AUGAACGUUCUUAGCUUCCUCUUCCUGGUAUCCAUGGUGGCCAAAAGCAGUCAAUUAACAUGCCAAAAUGACCUUCGACGUCCAGAACACACUGACAUUUCAGUUGAAUGUGGCACAUCCUCGAUUAGCCUGGCUAUUCUAAUCUGCCCUGUUGUCUACACUGGCUACAACGAGUCUCUUCUCAUCCUCAACCACAUAUUCAACAAGCCGGAGUGUCAAGGAACCUUGGAUGAAUCUUCUAACCUGCCUGUUGUCAGGUUCACCUUCCCCAUCAACAUGACCAAUGCUUGCGGCAGCACCUUCCUGACCACCAGUGCAGCUGGCACAGGGAUCUUUGCUGACUUCUCCAACAUCCAGACGGUUAAUAUCAGUGGUGUGGUGCACUCCCAUGAUCCAACUACGGGAAUAGUUACCUAUAACGCUGAGCUCAAAUAUUAUUAUUCCUGUGCUUACCCUCUGGAGUAUCUCAUCAACAACACCCAGGUGGAAGUGUCAGCAUCUUCCAUUGCAGUGAGGGACAACAAUGGAAGCUUCAUCAGUACUUUGAGCAUGGAACUCUUCAGUGAUGUCAAUUUCACCACUCCUCUGGUCAUACCACAGCUGGGAUUAGAGCUGAGGACCAAUGUCUAUGUCCAGGUCCAAGCAGCCAACCUGACUGCUCAGUACCACGUCCUCAUGGACAGAUGCUAUGCCUCCAUCUCUCCUCAACCCGCAAACUCCACUUUCUUCAACCUUUUUGUCUCGUGUUCUAAGGACCAGAUGACCACCAUGCAUGAGAAUGGGGACAGUCACCACGCCCGCUUCUCCUUCCCGGCCUUCAGGUUCGUUGAACAGCAGAACCAGACGAUGUCCACUUAUUACCUUCACUGUAUCACCAGGCUCUGUGAGAUCAGCACCUGCAAUGAUUUUAAACAAUGUAACAACAGGAGGAGAAGGGACGUUCGUUCCACUGGUGUUUCAGAGGCUACUACCCUCUCCUCUGUGGUUCCCAUUGUCACCAGGAAUGAGAAUUAUUUUUGGGUAUGCUGGCGGCCUAGACAUCUGAAGCAAAAUUCCACUGUGCUCAAGGUCAGUAUCAAGAGCUGGGUCCAAGUACAGGCUUACGUGUUUCGAGACGACUUAGGGUCUUAA